CACGUGGAAGCGAACCCGCUCCCAACGGAUACCGAGCCAAAUCAACGGUUCACAUCUCUUUCCAUUUCAAAUUUAUCCACUUUCCUUCUUUCCUACACACACUGUAUUGUAUCCAUCUUUGCCUUACUUCUGCAACAACAAAACCACUCUCCGAUUAUUCUUAUAAAUAAAUAUAUAAUAAUUAAAUUAUACAUCGUACUAUCGACGAGUUUCAUUGGAAGAUUCGAAAUGUCGACGCAGAAUCGUCGUUCGUCGUUUUGUUCCUCAACGGCGUCGUCUUUGGCGAAACGACAGCCGUCAGUGCCGUCGGGAAAGACUCAGCCUGCGGCGAAGAGAGCGCCUCUUGCUAACCUCACCAAUCAGAAGAAUGCUUCGGUGUCAAGUGCAACAAAAAUUGCCAAGACCAAGAAAGAGGCUCCUUCAAAAACCAAUAUCACAAGAUCAACAAUUUGUGGUAACAAAUUACCCAAGUUAAAAACUAUUAACUCAAGCACAGUUGUUAUUCCAAAGGCUAAUUCUUUACCACAAAGGAAGGAUGCUGCUGCUCACACAGUCUCAGUGCCCCUUCGGAGCAGCAUCGAUGUUUCUCCUAGUAAAUCAGAUGGAAGGUCCGUUUCCAUGGAUGAGACAGUGUCUUCUUGUGAUUCUAUCAAUAGUCCUGAAGUUGAAUAUCUGGACAACAAGGAUGUUUUUGCUGCUGAUUCAAUUCAGAGAAAGAUAAUAAGUAGUUUGAACGUUUCUGAUACUACAGAGCCAGAGGGUGGUAAAAUAUGUAGUAGGGAAAUAAUUGUUGGGUCAGAAAGAGAGGACAAGAUUGUCAAUAUCGACAAUGUUUACUCUGAUCCGCAGCUUUGUGAAGCCUAUGUUUGUGACAUCUACAAGCACCUACGUGAAUCAGAGGAAAAGAAAAGGCCUUCCACAGACUUCAUGGAGAGAAUUCAGAAGGACAUAAAUGUUAGCAUGCGCGCUAUAUUGAUUGACUGGCUUGUUGAGGUGGCUGAGGAGUAUCGACUUGUACCUGAUACAUUGUAUUUGACAGUGAACUACAUAGAUCGGUAUCUUUCAGGGAAUGCUAUGAAUAGCCAAAGGUUACAGUUACUCGGUGUUUCCUGCAUGAUGAUUGCCUCUAAAUAUGAAGAGAUUUGUGCACCUCAGGUGGAAGAAUUUUGUUAUAUAACAGAUAAUACGUACUUAAAAGAAGAGGUUUUGCAAAUGGAAUCUACUAUCCUGAAUUAUCUUAAGUUCGAAUUGACAGCCCCAACAAUUAAAUGUUUCUCAAGACGAUUUGUUCGUGCAGCUGCUCAAGAUGUCCAGGAGCUGCCUUCCCUUCAACUAGAGUGCUUAACCAAUUAUAUUGCCGAAUUAUCCCUCUUGGAGUACACUAUGCUCUCUUAUCCUCCAUCACUGAUAGCUGCUUCUGCAAUUUUCCUUGCCAAGUUUAUACUUGCCCCUUCAAAGAGACCAUGGAAUUCAACAUUGCAGCAUUACACGCUCUAUCGGCCUUCUGAUUUGUGUGCAUGUGUAAAAGAUCUCCAUCGUCUGUGUUGCAGCAACCAUGAUUCUAAUUUACCUGCAAUCCGAGAGAAAUACAGUCAGCACAAGUACAAAUGCGUGGCCAAGAAGCACAUUCCUACUUCAAUACCUCAAGAAUUUUUUCAGAAGUGAGUUAAGGAAUCCACAUUGACAAUCCAAUUAAUGGUUGCACUGUCCAAGUUUUGGCAAAAAUAAUCUCUCAAUGAUGCAAGGACUAUGCCAUGUUAAAAGCAUAGUUGGAACCUGAAUGAUAUCUCAUGUUGUGACACAGAUCAAACAUUUCACAUUAAUAUCAAUAUAUCAUUGAGAUGUGCUGGUGGAGCUAGCGUUCUACUACUAUGGUUCGACCAAUGGUUCAUUGGCUGGCAUAAGAAGUCAUUAAUAUUCCAUAUGACAAAUUCCGUUCUCUUGUAUACACAAAACACAUUAAAUGCUAAUCAGUUAUAGGAAUUAGAAUAUCAAUCUUCUCAUUCUCAGUGUAUACGCUGCAGGUGUUAUCUCUUCUAUUCAAAAUAUGUUUUGUUGCUCA